CGAAGCCCCUCCUGCCGGGGCGAGGGAACGCCAUAAAAGGCCCGUUGCGACCUGCUCCGGACACCCCAUCCGCCGGCUCUCACCCCUCGGAGAGGCGAGCCGGACUGCACAGCACUCGCGGCCCAGUCACGCCCGCUCGCCAGCCCGCCAGCCACCAUGCUGGGUAGCAAGCGACUGGGGCUGUCCGGACUGACCUUCGCCCUGUCCCUGCUCGUGUGCCUGGGAGCUCUGGCCGAGGCGUACCCCUCCAAGCCCGACAACCCCGGAGAGGACGCGCCGGCGGAGGACUUGGCCAGAUACUACUCGGCGCUGCGACACUACAUCAAUCUCAUCACCAGGCAAAGAUAUGGAAAACGAUCUAGCCCUGAGACACUGAUUUCAGACCUCUUGAUGAGAGAAAGCACGGAAAACGUUCCCAGAACUAGUGCCCUUAUGAAAGGAACCAAAGAGGUCCCUCAUCCCUUUCAUCAUAUGAGGACAUAGCAGGACGAUGCUGGCUAUGAACCAGGAAGCAAGCUCUCACCAGACAACAAAUCUGCUGGUGCUUGAUCUUGGGCUUUCCAACCUCCAGAACUGUGAGCAAUAAAUCUGUGUGGUUUUUAAGCCA